AUGCCCCUGAACUCGUUUCUUCCCGCGAUUCUUGCCGUGGCCGGGCUUAUCGAAGCAGCUCCACCUCCAAAAUUUCCAGGAAUCAGUUGGAGGACGACCUUCGUCCCAAUUCCUCUAAAUGAGGAUGGCUCUCCCGUACCUGGUUGGAAAAGAGCAGUGCCACUAAAUGAUACUUCAAAAUAUGUGGUCAAGUCGCUUCCGAAUGCCCCGGCUAUUCCUCCCAGCUGGGCAGGCCGCAUAGGUGUGCCUGGGGUGGCUGAAGGCAACGAACAAUUUUUUUGGCUAUUCGAGACCGAAAAUAAGAAAUAUGACGAUCGCUUGAUUAUUUGGCUGAACGGCGGUCCUGGCUGUUCGUCCAUGAUUGGAGCUUUUGCUGAAAACGGGCCCCUCACUUUUGUCGGAGAUACAAGUCAACUCGAGCGCAAUCCGUAUUCCUGGACUAAGUUAGGCCAUGUUCUUUACAUCGACCAACCCGUUGGCACCGGUUUCUCUACAGCUACCUACCCCACUCCGGCUAUAGAUAUCCUAAAGAUUACUGAGCUCUUUUACAGCUGGUUGAAACAAUUUUAUACCGUGUUUCCUCAUUUGCGCCAUAAGCGAACCCAUCUGAUUGGGGAAUCAUAUGGUGGCAUUUACGUUCCAUAUUUUGCUGAGAAGAUUCUCAAGCACAACAAAGAAUUUCCGGUCAACCUGACUUCCAUCGCUAUCGGAAACGGAGCAAUAGGAAAUAACAUUGCGAUGUCGGAUGUUACGGCCGGUGCAUACAUCAAAGAGAAAGCCAAACAGCUCGGUGUUGCCCCGGAUAUUGUGGAUGCGUUCGCCAAAGCAGACCACAUUUGUGGUCUUGAUUCAGUGCGAGAAAAAGCAGCGCACUAUCCACCAAAAGGCCACUUCGGCAUUCCAACCAGUUUGAAUAAUGCAACCGGCUUUACCGGCGACACAAGCUGCAGCGUUAAACCCAACAAUCCGAAAGCGAUCCUUUCCUCAAUCCUUGACUCCAAGUGCUACGGGCGAUGCGCCACUUACGCUACUGCACGCGAUCACAUCGAAACCAUCAGAGAAAAACGCUGCUACAGCAUGUAUAACAUCAACUAUGACUGCAAAACCCCGAAUCCGCUGAGCUCGUUGACUAAAUAUCUGAAUCGUGCCGAUGUCCAAUCCGCGCUCAACAUCCGCCCAUCUAACCCGGGAAUCACCACUCCGCAUCGCUUCGAGACGUGCAAUCAAACCAUCCUGGACUCCCUCUUUUCUCCAUCUAUCCAACCCGUCCCACCCACCCAGUCGAUCCUCCCUUCGAUCCUCACAACGCACAGGAUCCCCGUCCAUAUCUUCCAGGGCGAACUCGACAUGGUCAUCAACCACGUCGCCGUCGAAUUGGUUCUGCAGAAUAUGACCUGGAACGGAAAGCAGGGUUUCAAAGCCCGGCCGACUCUCCCUUUCGGCACUAAUGUGAAUCUCGACAGGAAGGGAGAUAUCAAGGGGGGGUGGAACGGCUCCGAAGCGGGUGUGUGGACGUGGGAACGGGGAUUAACAUAUCAUCGCUUCAAGGAGGCGGGUCAUGCGGUGCCUAGGGACCAGUCUAAGGAAAUGUGGCAUUACUUGAAGAACAUCAUACUUACAGGUUUUUAUUGGGAUGGAACCCCAGAUAGUCGAGGCCAAGGCACCGACUCUGGCUAA